UUGACCGUGCAAAAUGAGGUUCUCCUUUUUGGGGGUGUUGAUCUGUUGCCUGGGUGGUUCAGUGAGUUUGGAGUUUGAUGUGAUCGUCGACAAUAGGACUGUAGAUCUGUUGGAUUAUCUGAUUCCUACUGUUUAUUCGGAGAAUGAGAGGUGCAGGAAUGACAGUCUUUUUUACCGGCAGGAGCUUUCGAAAUUUACUGUUUGGGCCACUGAUAUGUUUGAUGCCAGCUCGAAGUUUCCUUCGGGACUCUUCAUAGGAUCAAUUUACGAUACCGGAAAUUUCGACGAAUGUGUCAGGGUCAAGUUGCCCACUGAGAUUGGAUUCUCAGGACAGCACUGCAUGGCUCACUUCAAGAUCAACCCUUUGGAACCCAUCGCUGUGAAAAAAUACUACUCCCUCAAAUACGACAAGUAUGAGAACAUUUUCAAUAUGUCCACCUGGUUGAAAAUAGCGAAUUACGCCCAAGACGGAUCGAAACAGUCGAGAGAUGAGAAUUAUUUUUCUUUUUGUCUCCCUUCCACAUGCAGUCACACAGAUUUACAAUGGGUAUUGAGAAAAAAGAUUGGGGAGGUGGCAGAAAAACUUCCUUUUGCCUUAGACGUUCAUGUGGAUUCAAGAAAUUGCCAAGUGUGGAGAAAUUUCAAUUUUACUACAGCUGAUUUUUGUUACAUGGGGAUUAUGCUUGCUUUAAUUCUUUUGGGAAUUGGUUGUACAAUUUACGAUAUAAACAGUAAACAAGGAAAAACUAGCAAAUUCUCUGGUACCACCCAUGAAGUCUUGAAAUGCUUCUCAUUUUCAAACACCUGUGAAAAAUUGACGACCUUCAAGACUAACGAACAUGGAUUUGACUGUAUGAAUGGAAUGAAAGUACUGACGAUGUUCCUGGUGAUAAUGGGACACCGUAUUAUGUUUUACAUAAGUUCACCACUCUCCAAUCCAUCAUUUGUUGAAGCUUGUUACAGGGUGUUUCCGUUCAUUCUCUUGCUGAACGGCCCAAUAGUCGUCGAUACUUUCUUCACCAUUUCUGGAUUUUUGGGAUGCUACUUGAUGUUGCUUGAGUUUGAUAAGCGACAGAAAAUGAUCGAUGUUGGUCUUCUUUAUUUGCACAGGUUCCUGAGAUUAACCCCAACAUAUGCUGCAGUUCUCGGUUUUUACUGCACCAUUUUCGUUCAACUUGGCGAAGGACCUUUCUGGGACGAAAGGAUAGGGGUAGAACAUGAUAGGUGUAUGGCAAGUUGGUGGGCAAACAUUCUUUACUUGAAUAACUAUGUGAAUCCGGAAAACUUGUGUUUGUUUCAGUCCUGGUAUCUCACAUGUGAGAUUCACUAUUUUCUGAUGCUGCCAUUCUUGGCGUAUUUUAUUUGGAAGAAACCAAAACUUGGCAUCACCUUCAUGGUAGUUUUGAUCAUAUUGUCUGUGCUUGUACCAUUCAGUAUUAUUCUGGUGGAAAAAGAGGAACCAAUGCUUCUUUUGUACAUGAAAUUCUUAAGGGAUCCUGUGAACAAUCACACCUUCCAAACGACAUACAUUCCAAGCCACAUGAGGGCCAGCUCUUACCUGGUUGGAAUAGUUGCAGGCUACCUGAAAUACAAAAUUAAGAACUCCGAGUAUAAAAUGCCCAAACGGCUGGUUCCUUUUGGCUGGAUAUUCUUCGUUUUGGUCACCAUCUCGAUUUACAUCACGGCGUUCAUGUUCUACAUACCAGUAGAGGAGAAGGACCAUAUUUUCUCUGCAAUAUACGGCUCAUUUCAUCACCUGCUCUGGAGCAUGAUAAUCAGCUGGUUUAUAAUAGCAAUCUCCGAGGGUUGUGGCUCAUGGAUAGAACCCAUAUUGGCCUGGAAACCUUUCACUUUCCUCAAUAGAGUCACCUAUUCAGCUUUCCUUUGUCAUGGAGCUAUUCAAAUGUACACUGCUGCGAUCAACAGAGGACCUGUACAUACUGGACUCUUUCCCAUAGCAACAAUGACAGCUUCAGACAUCACGUUAUCGUAUUUGGUAGGAUUCUUGCUGACCCUCGUGAUCGAAGGUCCAACUAUGUCCCUCGAAAAACUAAUCUUCAGAUCGAAAGGUUCUAGAAUUACGAAAGAUGACGGAACAGCAUCACAAAAAAACGGAUCCAAUGGAAUUUACAAGAAUAGGGAUAUAAAAAAUGGUCUACAGAGCGAGAAAUUGAAGAAUGGGUUCACAGACAUUUAUAUCCCUAGGACCCAUCUGUAUAAUCGAUGAAUCGUGUGAUUUUAUUUUUAAUGUUAAGAUAUUGAGGUAUCUCUAUGAGAUAUGGAUGAGAAGAUGUCGUUUUAAGUUUUUCAACUUUUAAGAUACAUAAUUACAGAAAUGCAGGUUGUGAAUAAUUUGUAAAUAUCCAUUUUUACUGAACUGAUUUUUUGUGAGCAAUAAAGUUAUAAAAUAGACUUUUUUCUUGUU